UGUAGCCAUCUUUAAGUUAAGGUCAGAAAUGAACACUGAGAAACUCAGUUAAAAAUGUAUGUGUUUAUGCACCUUUGAGUCUGCCUAUUUGUCAAAAUGAUACACUACUUCCUGGAUUGCUUUCCAGAUGCAGAUAUUUGAUCUUCAUGCUAAAAAGACAGAUUGUAUUCCACUGCUUUCACAACUCUAGGAUCAUGUUAGACUGUAAAUCGUUAAUACACAGCUCAUCAAUGGAAUAAAUUCCACACACUGCUCUGCGUAAAUAUCUAUUCUAGACUCCUUUGCAGAACAACAUUAGUUACAUGCUGUGACUGCUAUACUUGAAACAAGCUGUGAACUGGAACUGUGGCGGUUGCUCAGGCAAUGGAAUGCAAACAUUGAUUAAAACUGAAGAAACAGUAAUGGUGACAGGAUUUGGCCUUAUCUGUAAUGAAAACACUAAUGUAUAAAUAUAUGGGAGUUGUCUGAACCACAUAUUCCGUGACAUUAAGCCUUGCUCGUUGUGAAUCUGUGUACAUGAACAUUCUUUUAAAUAUGUGUGUACAUAAUGCCCAUUACAACAAAACAUCUGACUUCCUUCAGUGUAUGCCCAAUGAGAAUUUAUUCAAGAAGAUUUAAAGGCCUGGACACAGUACGCCUGGAGUGCCAAAGGAAAAGGUGGAAGCACUGUAUUGUUUCGGUCACUCUAAGUAUUUCCUUUUGGAAUAUAAAGUUGCUGAUUUGGUUUGGGAUGAAAUUGCAUACAAAGGCUGUGAUUUAAAAUUGAAACAGAUAAAAAUGGAAUAUGUUCUACUACUUCCUCUAAUCUUCUAUAUAGGUAUCGCAGAAGGAGUACACAUAACUGUAGACCCAGAAGGGAUUAUUAAAGAAGGAGAUAAUGUUAAACUAAACUGUUCUACAGAAAUAGACGAUCCUGAAAUCACAGGAUAUGAAUGGCGUAAGCAUUCUAGACCCUUAUGGAAAGUAAUUAGUCUUGAAAAACUGUUGCGCUUUGAGCCCAUUAAUGAGAAAAAUGCUGGGAAGUAUGCAUGUUGUGUUUUAAAAAAUGAUACGAGAAGCAGUUCCAACUCAUUUCACCUGGAUGUUUUAUUUGCACCAAAAGAUGUAGAAAUUAUUCAGACUACACCUGAAAAUAUUAUUGAAGGUGGCUCUAUGAACUUAUCCUGCAACGUUGGAAGGAGCAAACCAGAAGUAACAACAUAUACCUGGUAUAUUAACAAAGUGAAGAGUGACAACACUGAAAAGUAUUUAUUCAUUGAAGAAACGGAAGCCAGCCACAGCGGUACUUACAGGUGUAAAGCUCACAAUAAAGCUGGAGUGACACUUUCCCCAAAAUUUGAGAUAAAUGUUAUGUAUCCACCUAAAGAAGUGGAAGUAACAUACCAUCCUGUAAGUUUAAGCGAAGGAAAAGAUGUGUAUCUAACCUGCAACUAUAAAAGCAGCAAUCCUCCCGUUACUAACUACACAUGGUAUAAAGAAGAUGAAUACCUUUGGAUUCAGACCGGAAAUAUGCUAAAGUUCGCAAACAUCAGUUCUCACGAUACUGGAAGUUUCAGCUGUGAAGCACACAAUGCCAUUGGAUCAACAAGAUCAUUGAUAUUAUCUUUAAAAUUAGACGAGACACCUACCUUAUUAGCUGCAACUGAAGCAUUAAUAGCAAUUGGAAUAUCAGUGGUGAUAAUUGGCUGUAUUUUCCUUCUGUGCAUCAUUAGAAGAAAAUGCCAAGGGGAUUAUCCAAUAAUGCAAUCAAAAGAAAAUUCUUAUCCCAGUAUUAGCAAUACACUUUUUAAACAGAAAAGAAAUCCUGAAUUUGAUGUCAUGAGUCCCAUGGAUACUUCUUCAGUCAUUGCCAUAAAGUAUAUGCAAAGGAACUUUUGAAUUCAAACUUCUAUAGCAACUAAAUCACAUGAAAACAUACCAGAUGGUUCUAAAUAUGACCUACAUACUCACCAUAUUUCAAAGUGAAAGGAACUUGGCCAGAAAUGGAUCUUAAGUGUAAAUCUUGGCAUUUAUCACUUUUCUCAGUGGGUGGAACUCAUGCAGAUAGUCAUUAAUUCUUUUAAAAAGUUGCUGACACAGUAAGUUAAUCUCGAACAAUAACUACAACUGUGGAAUGCACAUAAUGUCGUCAGGCAUGAAUUACAUUAAUAGAUUUAUGAGAUUUGCCCUGGGAAAAUGGGACUUUAUAUAUGUGUGUAUGUGUAUAUAUACAUACAAUUACAUCACAGACAAUCUGAAAAUAUUAUCAAGAUCAUCGUACAAAUAUUUCAUCGUAGACCAAUUAUAAAUUCAGCUAUCAAAUAAAAACACAUAAAACAACCACUCCUCAGUGCAAACCACUAACACAUUGUUCUGAAUGCUUUAUAAGAUGCUAAACUAUGCACAAAGCAGUAUUGUUCUAUAAAGAAAAAAAAACUUUCAGAAAGUUAUAGCUGCUGAGUAUUAAAGACACCUUCACAAAUUCACAGCUGCUCAGUAUUAGUAUUAGUAGUAGUUCCAGUUGAGGCACCAUAAAUUAUGAGGAUGGGUUUUCCUCCAUACCCUUUUAGCAUGGGGCUGUACUUCCCUGCACCUUUACUUUUAAACAGUAACAAAACAAUUGCAUAAAUACAGCCUGAAAAAACCACUUGCAUUUAUGCUAUAAUUUGUGACUUAAUUAUAGGGUAAAUUCAAAUAAGAGUAAUUCACAAUUCAUGAAGCAAAACUACACACACACACACACACACACACACACACACACACACACACACACACACACACACACACGCGCAUAUAUUGGAGAAACUGAGAAAUUGCAGCUUUCAAAGUUGAGCAAGAACCAUGAUUUUUAUAGUGUAUAUCCUCUCCACUCUCUUGGGUAAACAAUAACCACCCACCUACACCCCACCCCUAGCAGUUAUUUAUGAACCUUUAAUGCAAUCUUCUCCAUAGCACUCUAGCCAGUCUCCUACCCAUCUUCCAUGUCAACCUUGAGUCAACACCUUUGUUCCUUUUUGUAAUAAGACAACUUGCUAUCCCACUUAUAAAUGUAUCUUGAGGGGUUAAAUAUUUAAGUUUGUGUAAUAACUCUUGAUAUUUCCCUCUAAAUUAUGUUGUAUUAAAUUAACACAAAAUAACCUUACAAUCAUAGUUACUGAAACUUUAUAUUAAGGACCCCUAAAUAAAUAAGCAUCAGUGUUGUACAUUUGUGAAGAAGUGGUAUUUGAUAACCACCAGCAGAUGUACUAUCAUAAUUAUAAAGCAAAAACAUUUGGCAAAUGCAAAACUGAAAAUUACAUGUUUGUUUUCUUAGAAUAAUGGCCUCAGUGGUAGUCAGGUAAAAGAGAUAAAAUAACUUCAUUUGAAAACUAUAAUCCCUUGGUACAAAUUAACAAGUACCUAAUGUGCAUGCUUUUACAUUGCUUUAAUUUUACAUAGAACCUGUGUAGUGCAAAUACAUAUGAGUCAAGCUUUGCACUGGUGAUGUGGGCAUUCAAUGUUAAUUACAACCUGAGUCUAAAACAGAGUAUGAAUGUAUUUCUUCUGCUUUCUGUAAUUGUUAUUAAAGGUGUUGUUUUAUUUUUUAUUAUAUUUAUUUGUAAGGAUACGUAACCCCACUAGGGACAAAAGUCUGUUUUCAGGGGUGACAUGGGAGCCCUAUCUAUUUAAGUGGCUUGCUCAGAGCCGCACAAAAAAGAAAUGGACAAUGAAGGAAUUACAUCUAGGACUACAGACUGAAACUCAUUCAAACUCAUAAACUUUGUCCUGUACUAUAAGCUAAUACAUUCUUGAUAUAAGUUAAGGAGAGUCAUAUAUAAAUCAAAAUAUUUUUUCAUUGUGGGCUUUAUCAUGGAUUUCUUACCUGAAGAUACAUUAAUGAAAUGCCACAAAAGGUUGUGUCUGUGCAUUACAACAUACUACAUGCAUUUCUAUGUUAAAAGCUGGUGUACUCUGGGUCUUGCCACAUACACACUAAAGCUAAAAACAUAUUAUUUUAUUUAACCCAUACAGAAAUGUAUACAGAAUUAGAAUUUUGUAAGAUCACUUUUGCUUGCUUAAUUAAGAGUUAUACAUAAAAGGAAACACAGUAUCCUUGCUAGCUAAUAAUAGUGGGAAUAAUGUAUUUGACAAAAGCAAACAAAUGCUUCUUAGAUUGCAAUACCUAUAAGAAGUAAAAUAAUGUGCCAGUUCUAGAUCUGAAGUGCAUUUCAGAAAUAAUGUUGAAAAUAAAACUAGAGAAAUGUUUGAUUUUUUUUUCCUAAACUAAGAAUUAAUAUAUUUUUAUAAAAUAUUGAUCAGUCGUUUUACAGAAGAAAGCACUGGUAAAAGGGGUUUGCAAACCCCAGACAAUUCCCAGUGCCUAUGAAUAAGUAAACCUCCUUUUUUUGGAGAAUUUGUAAAGAUGUAUCAUGAUGCUGAAAUUACAUUUCUUGGGAACGUAGACUGAAAGCAGAAUGAAAGUUAAUCAAUCUGUGUAGCUCAAGGGAACUAUAUGAAAAGUGAAGUUAGAACUAAUGAUAGAGUUUGCUCAGCCUGAUGUUCUAAAAGAUACAUAUAUUUGUAUUAAGUAUAUUUUUUGUUCUCAUAAGUGAGGCUUAUAAGAAGCAAGCUGAAGCAAAAUUUAAUACAAUUUCUAUUACCUGUAAUGAAACCCAGUGCUCAUUCUAACACUUUUAAAUGUACUGAUUUCAGCAACAGUUGUAAAUAAUCAUUAUUUAUAUUUCCAAAGUGGACAAUGUGAAUGUAUAAUAAAUAUUAACUGUGUUUUUUC